GACAGGUUGUCCAGCUUCUUACAGCCAUCUUCACUGAAACUAAGGUUAACUCCUCACUCUCUAUGGACGACUACUCUCUAUUUCCAAGGGCGUGAAGAAUUUUCCUUUUCUCCUGUGCUUUCAUCUAAAAGUUCUCCCUGGAUAAUUGUCAUCGCAGUGGAGUGCCUGGGUUGGACAUCCUCAUCUGGGUCAACUAAAAAAGAUAGCAUGCAAGACGACAGCGUAGAAGCUUCUACUUCCAUAUCUCAACUUCUAAGAGAGAGCUAUUUGGCUGAAACCAGACACCGGGGAAACAAUGAGAGGAGUCGAGCAGAACCUUCCUCCAACCCUUUCCAUUUUGGCAGUACUUCUGGGGCUGCUGAAGAAGGAGGAGGCCAAGAUGACCUUCCAGAUCUUUCAGCCUUUCUGAGUCAAGAAGAAUUAGAUGAAAGUGUCAAUCUGGCAAGACUGGCCAUCAACCAUGACCCUUUGGAGAAAACAGAGGAAGCUCAAUCUAGAAAAUGGCUUUCUUCUGAUCAGGUGAAACACUCACCUAAAUCAAGUUUUGAGCCUAACUUCUGCCAGGAUAACCCUCGAAGUCCUACCAGCUCUAAAGAGAAGCCCCAGGAGGCAAAAAGGCCACAGUAUUGUUCCGAAACCCAGUCCAAAAAAGUAUUCUUAAAUAAGGCUGCCGACUUCAUCGAAGAGCUAUCCUCCCUUUUCAAAGCCCAUAGCUCCAAAAGGAUCAGACCUCGUGCCUGCAAAAACCACAAGAGUAAAUUGGAAUCUCAAAACAAAGUUGUGCAGGAAAAUAGCUCCAGUUUCUCAGAUGUGUCAGAAAGAAGAGAAAGAUCUUCUGUUCCCAUCCCUAUCCCUGCGGAUACCAGGGAUAAUGAAGUGAAUCACGCCCUUGAACAGCAGGAAGCCAAGAGGCGUGAAGCUGAGCAGGCUGCCGGUGAGGCGGCUGGUGGAGACACCACCCCAGGGUCUUCACCUUCAUCUUUGUACUAUGAAGAACCUCUGGGGCAGCCUCCCCGGUUCACUCAAAAAUUACGGAGCAGAGAAGUUCCAGAAGGAACCCGAGUACAGUUGGAUUGCAUAGUGGUAGGAAUUCCACCACCUCAAGUAAGGUGGUACUGUGAAGGCAAGGAGCUUGAAAAUUCCCCAGACAUUCACAUCAUCCAGGCAGGAAAUCUGCACUCACUGACCAUUGCCGAAGCCUUCGAAGAGGACACAGGACGCUAUUCCUGCUUUGCUUCUAACAUCUAUGGGACAGAUUCAACUUCUGCUGAGAUUUAUAUAGAAGGCCAAGAGCAAAAGAAUUUUGAACUCAAGAGAAUAUCAGCAAAGACUGCUCUAAUCCAGAAGCCAGCUCAGGUGUCAUCUCCUCCCACUACCUCUGCAGCCAUUCCUCCAGCUGUACCCCAAGCCCAGCCUUUGGUGGCCCAGCCCAGUGUAUCAACCAUUCAGCAGUGUCAGAGCCCUACCAAUUAUUUGCAAGGAUUGGAUGGAAAACCUAUCAUCGCAGCUCCUGUGUUUACAAAGAUGCUACAAAAUUUGUCAGCUUCUGAGGGUCAGCUGGUUGUCUUUGAAUGCAGAGUAAAAGGAGCUCCAUCUCCUAAAGUUGAGUGGUAUAGAGAAGGGACUUUAAUAGAAGAUUCUCCAGAUUUUAGGAUUUUACAAAAAAAACCUCGAUCCAUGGCAGAGCCAGAGGAGAUUUGCACUUUGGUCAUUGCUGAGGUGUUUGCAGAAGACUCUGGGUGCUUCACGUGUACUGCAAGCAACAAAUACGGCACAGUGUCAAGCAUCGCACGGCUGGAUGUGAGAGGAAAUGAAGACCUCAGCAGUAACGGGUCUCUGCACUCAGCCAACUCUACCACCAACCUGGCUGUGAUUGAACAACAGCCAUCCCCACCAAACCUAGAGCUUCCUUCUGUGGAACAACCCCCUAAACCCAAACUCGAGGGGGUUCUGGUGAACCACAAUGAGCCCCGGUCCAGCUCCAGGACUGGACUUCGUGUGCACUUCAACCUGCCUGAAGAUGACAAAGGAAGCAAAGCGUCCUCUGAGGGUGGAGUGGCAGCCGCCAACCAGAGCAGGCCCACCUCUUUCCUGGAGAGGUUCAAUGGACAGGCAGUAAAAAUCUCAGAGCCUUCUUCACCUGUCAAAGAGCCCCCUCCAGUUCUGGCCAAACCCAAACUCGAUUCCACUCAAUUACAACAGCUUCACAACCAAGUCCUCCUGGAGCAACAGCAGUUACAAAACCCAUCUCCUUCAUCUCCUAAGGAGUUUCCUUUUAACAUGAGUGUUUUGAACUCCGCUGCUCCCCCGGUGGUGACAAUGUCCGGCAAGCAGGUGAAGUCCCCUUCAUCGCAGACAUUCAGCUUGGCCCGGCCGAAGCAUUUCUUUCCUUCCACGAACACCGCGGCAGCAACCGUGUCCCCUUCCAGCUCUCCGGUGUUCACCUUGAGCAGCACUCCUCAAACCAUUCAGAGGACAGUGAGCAAAGAAAGCCUCUUAGUUUCUCACCCCUCCGUGAAAACCAAAUCUCCAGGAGGGGUUUCCAUCCAAAGUGAGCCACCCCCACCAGGCCCAACAGAGCCAGUACAACCACCACUCACAUUUUCCAUCCCCAGCGGAAACCAGUUUCAGCCCCACUGUGUGUCCCCAACUCCCGUCUCUCCCACCAGCCGGAUUCAGAACCCAGUGGCUUUCCUCAGCUCCGUUCUGCCUUCUCUCCCUACCAUCCCGCCCACCAAUGCCAUGGGGCUGCCCAGAAGCGCACCGUCUGUGCCAUCCCAGGGAUUAAUGAAGAAAAGUACAAAGUCUUCUCAACCAGUGAAUGAUGAUUACAUUCGUGAAACUAAGAAUGCAGUGAUUCUAGACUUGGGGAAAAAAAUGAAUUUCAGUGAUGUCAGAUCAAACCAGCAGGAGUACAAAAUUUCAAGCUUUGAGCAGAGGCUGAUGAAUGAAAUAGAGUUUCGCUUGGAACGAACUCCUGUUGAUGAAUCAGAUGAUGAAAUCCAACAUGACGAGAUCCCCACGGGCAAGUGUAUUGCUCCCGUUUACUGGUUCAAAGAUGGGAAGCAGAUUUCUAAGAGAAAUGAGCACUGCAAAAUGAGGCGAGAAGGAGAUGGGACAUGUUGUCUGCACAUCGAAUCCACCACCAGUGAUGACGAUGGCAACUACACCAUCAUGGCAGCCAACCCCCAGGGGAGAAUCAGCUGUUCUGGCCACUUGAUGGUGAGUGGCUUACCGCCCCCCGAGCUGACGUGGCUGCUCAAUGGCCAACCUGUGCUACCAGACGCCUCCCACAAGAUGCUGGUCAGGGAAACUGGAGUCCACUCCUUGCUCAUCGACCCGCUCACUCAACGCGAUGCAGGGACCUAUACGUGCGUUGCUACCAACAAAACCGGACAGAAUUCUUUUAGUCUGGAGCUCUCUGUAGUAGCCAAAGAGGUGAAGAAAGCGCCUGUGAUCCUGGAGAAACUGCAGAAUUGCGGGGUUCCCGAAGGCCACCCGGUGAGACUGGAGUGCCGCGUGAUAGGCAUGCCCCCGCCCGUGUUCUACUGGAAGAAAGACAACGAGACCAUCCCUUUCACCAGAGAGAGGAUCAGUAUGCACCAGGACACAACAGGGUAUGUCUGCCUCCUCAUUCAGCCAGCCAAGAAAUCAGACGCCGGGUGGUACACGUUGUCAGCCAAGAACGAAGCCGGCAUCGUGUCGUGCACUGCCAGGUUGGACAUAUACGCUCAGUGGCACCAGCAGCUCCCAACGCCCAUGUCCAUCCGGCCCAGUGGCAGUCGCUAUGGAUCUCUCACCAGUAAAGGACUUGACAUUUUUUCUGCCUUUUCCUCCAUGGAAAGCACAAUGAUGUAUUCAUGCUCUUCUCGGAGUGUUGUGGAAAGUGACGAACUUUAAGAAUGUCUGGCCGCAGACUGUGGAGGGGAAGGAGGACAAGCCAGACACGAUGGUUUCCAAGCAACUGGAUGUGAGUAAGUUCCCACACUGCUGGACCUGUGGCAAGGAGUGCUUUGAAUAAGUCGGCUGGGGACUCUUGCAGUCUCUGCUGAGGGAGAGAUGUAGGCCGUGCCUUCUAAAGAUUCCAACAAAAAUGUGAGAAGACAAUGCAGAUGAACCAAAGAUGUCAUACAGCUGUCAUCCACUGCUUUGGGAAAAAACUAGCAUGCUCCCCUGCCCCUGUUGUGUUAGGGAUGUUUAGGUCCUACUUAGGAGCAAUUAGGAGCCAUAUGCCUGGGCUGAGAAGAGUUAGACAGUAGUGACCUUAGGAUAUAACUAACUCAACAAAUAAUGCAAAGGAAAAAGGUGAGGAGGUCACCAUCACCUUUCAUAGAUUUUAUUUACAGCAAUAGUUUUGAUGAAUUCCCUAAGUCAGCUUCCACUUAGCAUUAGGAGACCAUGCCAUACAACUCACAUAUGUGGACAAACACUUUUGAUUUGCAUAUCCUGGGUCUGCCGAGCCACAUAAUAAGGUGCCAAAAUGUGCUUGAGGUUAAAAAAAAGUGCACUGCAACACUUGAUAUUGCACAGUGCACUUAUUCUGUGGCCAAAACAGGGCCCCACCAGCUUGUCUGCACCGUUUUCUUUUGAAUGGUAACUGAUUUUUCUUUUCUGACUUUGCAUAUCCAUAGAUUAUAGAACUAAAGUGUUGUUAAUAAACCAAUCAGAAAGAAAUUCUUUUGCGGGGUCACUUUCAAAACUACUACCUUCAAUUGCCACUUGCAAAAUGUGCAAGAGUCAUC